AUGCGAGCAAAUUUUCCGGCCCUCCAUUGCUCACGAGACAGUAGACGAGGCGAAUUGAGACAGAGUCACUGGCACGGCCAGAAAUGCUGGCGGAAGAGGGGAGCAACCCUCCGUUGCCCUGGCAGCCGGCCACCCACAGAUCUGGCCACUAGCCAGACUCAACGUCUCCGGGGUUGCCUGGCACGGCAUAUAUGCACAUACCAGUUGGUCAGCGUUUCAUGGAGUAGCGUGCCAGCGAGUCGAGACAAAAUACAGGUUGAUUCCAAUUCUCGGCCUUGA